UUCGAAAAUGCAUGAAAGAUUCGAUGAACUUGAACGAAAGGUUGCAUGAAUGGGACGAAGACAAGGUUACGCCAUGUAGUGGCCAUGUUCACUAAACAUCCAUGUGUGUUYGUCUGUAGUGUGGUKUUGGUAUUAGCUGCAGUGUGUUCGUGGUAUUUGUGCAGGGGUGAAAGCAUUUCCCUGUUUCCCAUCCAAAGACCGCUCUUUCCUUAUAAUUCCCAAGUCCAUGAAAUCAUUGAUGGUUCUCUGGAAGCCCUGUCUGAGUUUAUUGAUCAUGGGUCAUUAAAAUUUGUUAUGUACUAUGCGCCAUGGUGUGGCCAAUCCAGGAGAGCAGUACCAGAAUUCAUUCAAGCUGCAAGUAGACUUCACCAAGAGGUAACAUUCAUUGCAAUCAAUUGCUGGACAGGACCAUGUCAAAARGAAUAUCAACUAGAGUACUUUCCUCAACUUGUUGCUUACCAUACAACUUUUCCUGGAAUACCUUACCCUGAGAGUAGUGAUGUCCAAUCAUUGUACAUGGUUAAAUUCUUGCARAACAUUUUAAGACCAUUUUCUUACAUUGGUAGAGAACAUGAAAUACUUGAAACUAGAGUAACAAACCAGGAGUUCAUAUUGAGCUAYAUCAAUGGUGUCGACAGCAGAGAGUAUAAACGAUUUUUUGGUGCCGCACUGGAAUAUAUUGGCAAAGUAUCCAAACCUUUCUUUGGACUURUUCUUAAUGUGAACAUUGCUAACAAAGUAGGAUUAAAGACAAAUGGACAACUGUUAUUCUAUAGAACACUGAAUGCAACCUUGAAUUAUUAUCCAAAGUCAAACAGCUCCAUUAAAAAUAUAACAGAGUGGAUCUCAAAAAAUCGAAAAGAGAUAAUCAGUGAACUGAUACUAACGCCAUCACAAAAGCAAGUCCUUCAGUCAAAGUUGAAUGAUAAACCUGCUGUCAUACUGUUUUUACCAGUYCGGCGACACAAAAUUGCCACACCACUUUUAAGAAUGUAUACAAAAGUUGCUACAGACUACAAUAACUGCACAUGUGUAAAUGCAACAAACACAAGAACACUUCAUGGUAAGGUCAAUGGUGCUUUACCUACUGUAGUCAACCGUGAUGACAUCCAACCAUCUAGUAGCCACCACACUGGACAUGACGGUCAAGCCAAGACUAGUGUUUUAUGCAAGUCUUUUCUGGUAAAAAGUAAACUAAGGAAGCAGAGUAUUUGUGACGUAUGCUGCGUUGCAGGAAGCCAUUGUCAAUUUAUUAAUUUUGAUAGAAAAAAUAUUCAAAGGAAUGAGGACACACCUUCAUGCUGGAGUCUUAGACUAAAUUUGGUUACUAGGGCCAAUGUGUGUUGCCAUGGUGCUCUACCUAUAUAUGGUUACAAAGAAAGAUUAAAGAAAAAGUUGCGUUUUACAGCAGACAACAUUUUUGAGCAAAAGUUGGACAGUUUUUUAGACAGUUUUUAUAAUCAAUUCCUUAAAGUUUUAGAACCAUUGCACAGUGAUAUGAAGGAUGAGGUGGAUUAUGAACAAGUGUCAGGAUUCCAGGCUACAAAAAGUGUCAUUGCAAGUACUAUUGCACCUGCUGUUAGUACAAACAAUGCUAACAACACAAAUAUCAAAGAAAGUGGUUCCCUAGCAACACAGUUGAAUGACAGCAUCAGUGAUGGGUGUAACCGAAGUGGUCAUGUGACACACUUUCAUGGUGCCAGUUGYCAUAGCAAUAGGUCUGUUAACUUUUUCUAUAUGGACUCUGAACGGUUUUGGAGUGUUGCCGAGAGGUUUGGCGUACAGAGUAACAUUAAGAACAAAGUAUGUUUGGUUGUAGUGGAUGUCAAGGAUGAAGUAUAUCAUGUAAUGAGUGGAAAUCUUCCUGUAACAAACCAGACUGUUGUGGAUUUUGUCAUGGAGUUUAUGAAUUCAAGACUAGAAAGAACACUUCGGUCAGCAGCCACAUCAAGUCAGACAUGCCCAAAGUCCCAGGCAUGUGUAGUUGAAGUAACGUUAGCAACACUUGACCAAAUAGUCAUGGAUAAUGACAAGGAUGUCUUGUUGGUCUAUUAUGCACCUUGGUGUGGGUUUUGUAUCAACCUUGCYCCAGUCUUACUUGCUGUAGCACGAUAUUUUAAAGACUUUAAAAAUGUUGUMAUAGCACGGAUUGAUGCCGACAAGAAUGACUUACCAUGGCAACAUACAGUGACAUCAUACCCAACCAUCGUUCUUUAUCCUGCAAGAAGGAAAGACUUUUCGGUUCGCUUUCAUGAUUCUUCAAAACGCACCGCAGAAGCUUUGAUUCGAUUCAUUCUUGAACAUGGAACCGAGGCUGCUUACUUUGUAUUACAUGGGAAUGAUGACGUGUGUAGGAAUUGUAACAAGAAGAGAUUACACUACCUGGAAUCUAGUAUUCGUCGAUUGGAGGAAGAAAAACAGUUCUUGGAGACAAGACUAGAAGGUAUGAUGAUGGAGAAAUCUUUGUUAAAACUUAAACACUUAAAACUAGUCAAAGCCACGCACGAGGCACAGAGGAGGGCCAAUGAGGAAAAGGAGUCUCGUAUUACUAUGGAAACUAAAGUAAAAGAAGCAGAUGAAUCUCGACGUGAAGCAAACGACAAAAAUUUAAUUCUUGUACUUCGUAACGCACAACUAGAGACAGAGUUAUCCCAGUUAAAAGGAGAACUUCAUGAAAUCAGGGAGAAAUCAACAUUAACUUUUAAAGAGAUUCAACAAGCCAUUGAUCUUAAAGAAGAACUAGAAGAAAACAACGAAUUCUUAGUCAAAAARCUCGACCUUGCCAUCACUAGAAUAACUGAAUUACAAAAACUAAACAAGGCUUUGUCCAGUAAAGUACGAGGUUUACGGAAUAUAAAAAAUACACUAAAUACAAGACUAACAAAAACUUCUAUUGAAAAUCUCCAACAUAAGAAGGUAAUAGACGAUUUGAAUACAGAMAAAAGUACGCUAAGCUCACUGCUGAAAGACGCAACAUCAACUAUUAAAGGUUUAAAAGCAUCGUUAGCAUCGUUUGAGAAACGACUCGAUGUCGAGGAAGAAAAGCGUACUACUGCAAUGAGAAGACAUCAAGAAACCAGCGAUAAACUCAAAGAAAUGGAAACAAACUAUGAAAAACUAACAGUGAUAUUGAGUCAAAUUGAUAUUCCCAAGAAACAGCAGCUGAGCUGARGUGUUUGAUAAUAAAAWCUUUCAAAUGUUCA